CCAUCUGAGAAUAUGCUGCCACACAUAGCCUUUUUGCUAUUCAUGACCUUGAAUUUGGUUCAUGGAGUGUUUUAUGCUGAGCGAUACCAAACACCCACAGGCAUAAAAGGCCCACUACCCAACACAAAGACACCGUUCUUCAUUCCCUAUGCCAUAAAGAGUAAAGGCAUACCAGUAAGAGGAGAGCAAGGUAUUUCUGGACCAGCAGGCCCUACUGGACCUCGAGGGCUCCCAGGUCCUUCUGGACCACCAGGAAAACCAGGCUAUGGAAGUCCUGGACCCCAAGGGGAACCAGGGUUGCCAGGACCACCGGGACCAUCAGUCACUGGGAAGCCAGGUAUACCAGGACUCCCAGGAAAACCAGGAGAAAAAGGACCAUAUGGACCAAAAGGAGAUAUUGGACCAGCUGGUUUACCAGGACCCCGGGGUCCACCAGGGCCACCUGGAAUCCCUGGCCCAGCCGGAAUUUCUGUGUCAGGAAAACCUGGACUUCAGGGACCUGCAGGAGCUCCGGGACCCAGAGGCUUUCCUGGAGAAAAGGGUGUACCCGGAGUUCCUGGAGUGAAUGGACAGAAGGGGGAAACAGGAUAUGGUGCUCCUGGCCGCCCAGGUGAGAAGGGCCUUCCAGGUGCUCAGGGGCCCAUGGGACCACCUGGCCCUCCUGGAGUAGGAAAAAGAGGUGAAAAUGGGUUUCCAGGGCAACCAGGCAUCAAAGGUGAUCGGGGCUUUCCAGGGGAAAGAGGACCUGCUGGUCCACCAGGUCCACAAGGUCCUCCUGGGGAACGAGGACCAGAAGGCAUAGGCAAGCCAGGACCCACUGGUGCCCCAGGUCAGCCAGGAAUUCCAGGAGCAAAAGGUCACCCUGGAGCUCCAGGAAUAGCUGGGCCCCCGGGGACUCCCGCCUUUGGGAAACCAGGCUUGCCAGGCCUGAAAGGGCAAAGAGGACCUGCCGGCCUUCCAGGGGGUCCAGGUGCCAAAGGGGAACAGGGCCCAGCAGGUCAUCCUGGGGAGCAAGGUCUGACUGGACCCCCGGGAAAUACGGGGCCCCAAGGACCAAAAGGCAUCCCUGGCAAUCAUGGUAUCCCAGGUUCUAAAGGUGAGACAGGACCAGCAGGACCUUCUGGACACCCUGGGGCUAAGGGAGAAAGGGGUUCCCCUGGUUUAGAUGGAAAACCAGGGUAUGCAGGAGAACCAGGUCUCAAUGGUCCUAAGGGUAACCCAGGUUUACCAGGCCCCAAAGGUGACCCUGGAGUUAGAGGGCCUCCUGGUCUCCCAGGUUCUGGAGGUCCAGCAGGAGCUAAAGGAGUGCCUGGACAUAAUGGUGAGCCUGGUCCAAGAGGUGCCCCUGGAAUACCAGGCACUAGAGGCCCCAUUGGGCCACCAGGCAUUCCAGGAUUUCCUGGGUCUAAAGGGGAUCCAGGAAAUCCAGGUCCUCCUGGCCCAGUUGGCAUAGCAAUCAAGGGCCUUAAUGGACCAACUGGGCCACCAGGACCUCCAGGCCCAAGAGGCCAUAUUGGAGAGCCUGGCCUCCCAGGGCCACCAGGACCCCCAGGUCCCCCAGGCCAAGCAGUCAUGCCUGAGGGCUUCAUAAAGGCAGGCCAAAGUCCCAGUCUUUCUGGAAUGCCUCUUGUUAGUGCCAAUCAGGGUGUGACAGGAAUGCCUGUGUCUGCUUUUACUGUCAUUCUCUCCAAAGCUUACCCAGCAAUAGGGACCCCCAUCCCAUUUGAUAAGAUUUUGUCUAACAGGCAACAGCAUUAUGACCCAAGAACUGGAAUCUUUACCUGUAGGAUACCAGGGAUAUACUAUUUCUCCUACCAUGUGCAUGUGAAAGGGACUCAUGUUUGGGUAGGCCUAUAUAAGAAUGGUACCCCUGUAAUGUACACCUAUGAUGAAUAUACCAAAGGCUACCUGGAUCAGGCUUCAGGGAGUGCAGUACUUGACCUCACUGAAAAUGACCAGGUAUGGCUCCAGCUGCCCAAUGCCGAGUCCAACGGCCUGUACUCCUCUGAGUACGUCCACUCCUCUUUCUCAGGAUUCCUGGUGGCUCCAGUGUGAGCCUACUCCUUACUGAGCUGAUCUAAAUCUUCUGCUUGAAAAGGCAUUCCCCAAUCCCACCCUAACCCACAAAAUGCACACACAAGUAGGCUGAAAAAAAUAUAAUUUUGUUUAGUUUCCAAAAUACUAUUUGAGCUAACAGACCAACAAAUGUGUCCCCUGAAAAAAGUGAGCAGCA